AUGGGUGAAGACUGCUGCCAUUGGCAUGGUGUAAGUUGCAAUGCCGACACAGGACAAGUAACGACGCUUGAUCUCCGAAACUCGUUUCAGACUAAUAAAGCAGCUGAGAAGAAGUCAGCCUUAAGGGGUAAGAUCGAUUCCUCUCUGCUUAACUUGAAGAAUUUAAGUUACUUAGACCUCAGUAUGAACAACUUUGAAGGCAGCCCUAUCCCACGGUUUAUAGGUUCUUUCAGAACCCUGAGCUAUUUAAAUCUUUCUUAUGCUCAGUUAGGUGGGACUAUUCCUCCUCACCUUGGAAACUUAUCGAAUUUGCGAUAUCUUGAUCUUCAUUCAUAUUCAAAUUCAGGUUACAAAUUAAAUGCAAAUGACCUCCAAUGGUUAAAGGGUCUUUCUUCUUUGGAAUAUUUGGAUAUGGGAGGGACUGAUCUCAGUACUUUAUACUUGUCCAGCUGCAAACUCCGUAGCUUUCUUCUUGCCCUCCCAUUUGUUAACUUUACAUCAUUGGUAGCUGUUGAUAUGUCUAACAAUUUGUUUAAUUCUCCAAUGCCUAGGUGGAUCUUCAAUAUUACUGGCCUUAAAAGCCUUUUUCUUAUUGGUACCAUUCCUAGUGCUUUUGCCGAUAUGCAUUCUCUUCAACACCUUGAUUUGUCCCAUCAAUUUUUGGAAGGUACAAUACCAGGAAUUUUAGCUAAUCUCUCAAACUUACAAUCUUUGAGGUUAGCAUUUAACAACCUCAGCGGCAAUCUGAUUGAAUUUGUAGACAGUUUGUCAAAAAAUAGCAGCUUGGAAGUUUUGGAUUUGACACAAAACAGGUUUACUGGUCAUCUGCCUGAUGCACUAGGAAACCUCACAAACUUGAGAUCUCUUGUGCUUAGGAAGAAUAUAUUCUGGCGUUCAAUCAAUACCUGCGUCUAUUAG